CAAUUUCACAACUUUGUUACAAACUCUUCUAAAGCAAUGGCUUCCUACUUCCCUCGUCCGAGCUUUGUCGCCAUUGUCGUCGUUUUCGUUUUGCCGCUUAUGAUGCCUGGGAUCACAAUUAGACCGGUGCUCGCCAUCUUUCGACCGAGCCCUUGGAAGAUUGCUCAUGCUACCUUUUAUGGUGACGAGACAGCAUCGGAAACAAUGGGAGGAGCUUGUGGAUAUGGAAACCUCUUCACGAAUGGCUAUGGCAUCGACACAGUGGCUUUAAGCUCAACACUCUUCAAUAAUGGCUACGCUUGUGGAACUUGCUUUCAAAUCAAAUGCAUGCAAUCCAAAGCUUGUUACGCUAAUGUUGCUUUCACAACGGUGACGGCCACCAAUCUCUGCCCUCCCAAUUGGUCUAAACCCUCCGACAACGGUGGCUGGUGCAACCCUCCGAGGGUUCACUUCGACAUGUCGAAACCCGCCUUUAUGAAGAUUGCCAACUGGAAGGCCGGGAUCAUUCCCGUUGCGUACCGUCGUGUUCCAUGCAUAAAAAAAGAUGGCAUUCGAUUCACACUCCAAGGAAAUGGGUACUGGCUUUUGGCGUAUGUGAUGAAUGUCGGGGGCGGAGGGGACGUGUCCGGGAUGUGGGUGAAAGGAAGCAAGACAGGGUGGAUUAGAAUGAGCCAUAAUUGGGGAGCUUCAUAUCAAGCAUUUUCCACGUUGGUUGGACAAUCACUGUCUUUUAUAGUCACCUCGUACACCACCAAAGAGACCAUCACGGCUUGGAAUGUUGCUCCUUCUAAUUGGAAGUUUGGCGCGACCUACAAAGCUAACGUCAACUUCCGUUGAUGUCGAGAAGUUACUGGUUGAUAGUUUUACACUGUUGAAUAUGAGACGGUGUAAAGACUAACAACUACAAUGUGAAGGCGGAAUAAUUUUUUUUUCUAUGUGAGGUGUUUCGGCUCGAAUAAUUUAAGUCAAACCGACUGAAAUACCCUUUAACUUUAUGGUCAACUCGGAGCUUUUUUGUUUUAAAAGCCGGGUUGGCUGGUUGUCGUUUUAUAUAUUUGAAAAUUUUGUGUUAUUUGCUUAUAGGCAACUCCAUCUUGUAAAGA